AUGGCGUACUCUAUACAGUUUGCUGCCCUUACAGCCUUGUCCUUUUUGGUUUUCCUUUUGACUAUCAUCCUUUACACACAUCUUGCCUUAGAUGCCCAUCCCACUUCCGACCAUGCAAGCAACCGAGAUGUUGUCUCUCCCCAUGCCAUUAUUGGAGACAAAGAGGAAGCCAUCAUAGAGGCUUUAUGGCCCGAGGAUGGCCAGGAUACAACGUUUUUCAUGUCCUUGAAUUCCUGUGUAGAUGGAUGCGGGCCAUCAUCGCAAGACAAAUCAUCCUCCAACAAUGAGCAGAAAAAGUUGAAAGUUGGCCUUCUCGCACCACCUGGAAGGAUGAGUCGAGCAUUUUUCUCUUUCUGUAAGCAGCUAGCACAACAGAUAUCCAAACAACCGGCUGGAAAAGGUCAAGAGAGUGACACAAUUCAUUGGAUCCCAACUCAUCAUCUACCUUUUACAAGCAACGAAUAUACGCAUAUCAUCCGUUUUGCCAAUGUCCCAUUGCUCUUAGCUACAGGAGAUGCAUUGCAGACCAUGGUUACGACGUCCCAAGUGCCAGCAAGCGAUGUUUCACAAAUCGUCUGGCAAGACAUCAAUGAAACCACCAAGCUUCUGGUCAGCUGGCACUGUCAAAUCUCUAACUUGGUGGAUGAAGGUACGGUUCCAUUGGUGACCAUCUCCAUGGAAGAGCUGGAACAAGAUUCGUAUGAGCAAGAGAACAUGCUCAUGAGCUUUUUAACGUCUUCGACUACAGAAGAAAAUGAUAUGGGUGGCGCCGACGGGAGCGGAGACGGAAAUAUUGAGCCAACCUUUGAUGAGUCCUUUAUCAAAGAAACGAUUGGUAACAUAAAGCCAAUGCUGAAGCAAGUGAAUAGAGUAUUAUUGAAGGAGAUGAACAAAGGCCUUGUAACGCUGACAAAACAGACCAUCAAACAAAGCUUGCAUGGGGUGCAGGGUUGUCCAAGUGAAGCGGGCUUGUGGCAUCCGUCGCGGCCCUUGCCACGAAUGUUGUAUUCGUUUUUAAAGACUGGAAAGGUAGAGGAUGACCUUGCGCUAUGCGAUGGACAUAAUGCAGCUAUGGCUAUAUGCACGAUGUUAGAGGAAGCUCGUGCGCAAGUUUUAGACAUAACACCGUCCCCUUGA